ACCAAAUUUUAUAAGGAACUUGAACUAAAUCUCUCAAAAUGCCGAAAACAGUUUUUGUUAAGAUUGUAAACAAAGAAAAGAUGUUCAAUAUCUAUUAUCUUUAAACUAUUGCCACGAUCUUGUCAUGCUGCUCCCAACAUCUAAUCUUUGUAAACAAACGCAAAACAAGUUGAAUGCCGUUGAAGUGCGGAAAAGUGAGGAAAACCGAACUGGCUUUUCUGCUGGCUGCGGCAGAGGAAACGUUAUUUCCAGGAAAUGCACUUAACUCUUUAACUCUGUCUCUUUUUUCUUUCCCUCUCGUGCUGAGCGAAUAUUUGAGGACCCAAUAUCGCUAGGAACUUUCUUUUGAUCAAGUGAAAAAUUGGUGUGCGAAAAACGUCAGUUGGAAAAGCUCACUCACUCGGAAAAACAUUAGCGGCGGGAUGUGAGAACGAAAGCGAAACAAUUCCAAUCCGAAGAUGCCAAAGUACAGAGUACAGAUGCCAGAAAAGCCCAUGGAGCUAAUUAAGCCGCCUCGCAUGAGUGGUGUUGGUGGUUGCCAGGGGUCGGAGGUUGCGGGUGGCGCUGCAUCAAGGGAAAGCACUAACUGCAACAUCAACACCGGCAACAGCAACAGCAACAGAAACGGCAACAUUAACAACAAGAGCAACAUCAGCGGCAGCAACAACAAAGAUGAGAAAUCGCUGGCUUCCUGGCUUCAUGAAGAAAUAAGUCUAGAGUGCCAGUUGAGGAAAAACUUGUUCAUCUUCAGCUCUAACGAGCUAACGGAGCGACAAGCGGACCAACUAACUGAUGGGCGGACUGGCGGUCUAACGGACGGACGGACGCUCUGUUGGACGGACAACUGUGAGCGAUUCCACACAAAACGAGACGAUAGGUAAACAAGCAACAACAAGCGCAGCAGCAGCGGUACAAGUAGCAAAUGGCAAGUGCAAGUGUAACAGCAGCAGACUCCUGUACUUUUCUGGAGAUGGCCUCGUGAUCACGCCAUCUUUACAAAAGCUGAGAUCCAAUCAGGUUGUUAAAAUAAUGUUAAAAUAAAAAUUA